AUGGGCCACUACAUCCAGGACAACAAGAAGAAGAAUUGGGACAAAGUAGCCGAGGUCCCCCGGGAGUACAUCUGGCUGCACGGCCCUAGGGUAACCAAAACACGGCUGCGCGCCUACGUGAAGUUCAUGAUACGUGAGUGUAAGCUUGAUGCCGAGUCGAUCGAGGAGGGGAGCAAUGCCUCGCGAACCCAGCCUGUGCAAGGUACAACGGGGCACACGCUCCUCGGGCGCAUAAAGGCAUGCCAGACGGCAGCGAGAGUGGAGGCGACGCUCUACCGGGAGAAGGAGCUGAGCAUCAUGCGGGAGAUCUCGGUGGUCAGAUCGGAGGUGCGGUUCAUGGUCCGCACCAAGAACGAGAGGGACGUCAAGAAUUGUGCCGACCGGCUUCGCGGCACCGUCGGCGAUACCUACACCGCCGAACAGUUCCGCCAGAUCAUGACGAAGGUGCCGCCAACAUGGGCGGCGUCGGCAUGGAACCCGCGGGCAACAGCUCCUUCGCAGACGCUGUGGCGAUUUCUGCUCACCAAGGCGCUCACGCUACUCUCCCACCACACUCUCCUGCGAGGCGCCAGCAUCCGCGAGAUCACGCUCUCCAACAUCUUCUUGUACCGACUGGCUAGCACCUCGUCAGUGAGCCCGGAGAACCAGCCGGUCGUCAUGGUGAUCGCCGCGCGGAACUCGAAGACUUCCAAGGAUGCCCGUCUUCAGCAGAGCUACGCGGCGCGACACCUGGAAGCGGAGUUGUGCGCCGUCGGCGAGACCGGCCUGUGGUUGCACUUCAUCCUUGACCAGAUCGAUCAGUUUAACGGCGUCGACUUCCUUCCGCCGCUUGACACCACCGACCGCGAGCGCUGGUGCAAGAAGCACCUCUUCUUCGCCCGCAAUGACAAGGAGCAAAAAGAGCUCUCCGCCGCCAGCCACCAACACGCACGGAGGAUGCCGGCGGCGCCGCCGUCGGGGAACGAGCAAGCGCCGAGCGAGAGUGGCUCCGCGGAUUCGGCCAGUACGGGGGCCAGAGCCAAGAAACGGGAUGAGAAACCCCCGAAACCCCCAGUAACGGUCAACGAGGCUUGUUACGAGCUCAACGUGGUGCAACCUUGGCGGGAGGCAAAGACCGUGAGGGACGCUUGGUGCCUCUGGAACUCCGCCACCGCCGAUGACACCCGUCGUCUUUGCGACAGGGUCGCCGAGCCGGGAUUCGUCGACCGCCACACCCUCCUCAAAGGCGCGAUGCAGGGUCCACACGGCAUGAAGGUGCGCCGCAUGUUGAAGGCCAUGGAUGCAGUGCGCCUUCUUCGCUCGAGCAACGGCGAUGCCGACACCGAAGUCGUCGUCGCUGCCCUGAACAAGAUUGCGGCGCCAGGCAUUGGGACCUUCUGCGAUGCCCUCACGGUGCUCAAACCGGGAACCGCAUCGACGAAGUCCAAGGAGCCUGGCAUGGGCGUCAAGGGGCUGGGCCCCAAGUCGGUCUCGAAGCUUCGUCUCGCCUGUGCGCUGGUGGCGCUCAACUUGAAGCCGAGCGCUUGGGUCGCCGUCCUGUGUCCAGACAUCUAG